GAGGGCAAGACGAUCCUCAUAGCGGAAGCGUCCAACUGGAACCAGCUCGCAAGCACUCUGCUGUGGGGAACGUUUUCAGGACUGCUGGGCAUGCUGCUCGGUUGGGGCCUGAAACUCUGGUAUCAACAUGAAGCUCAUCCGCUGCUUCUGUGCGUCGCUGUGUUGGCCGCAACUCUGAGUGCAAAUGCCCGAGGCGACACAUGCAGGAUGAUGCUAAACAGAGUCGGGAUACUCGUGUGUUGUGCCCUGCUCUUUCAAUGGCACACAGUCCGCGGAAAUUACACUUUCCAGGGCAAUGCCGUUCGCAUUCCUUAUGUGGAGCAGCGGAUUGUUAUUCUGAUCGUGGCUAUGUUCUUCAUGCUGCUCGAGGUAGACCGCGUCAAUGGCCUCGCAAGAUCUCAGGGAGCCCAGCAGUUGAGCAAUGGGUUUGAAGGCCGGAUCGGAGAUGCGAAGUGUUCAGAGGCCGCUGACACUGCGCGGAUUCUGAAGGAGAUCGGGAAGAAAACUGAGUCGGUUGAUUUCGCCAUUCAUGUGCU